AUGACCGCAGAUUCAGAAGGGCGAAAAAUGUCAAAGUCUUUGGGGAAUGUGGUAUCUCCAGAAGACUUACUGAAUCAGAAUAAAGGUUGUGUCGAUAUCCUCCGCCGUUGGGCAGCCUGCUCCGCUUUGGAUUCUAUCAGCACGGUGGGAAAUAAAGAAAUGAACCUGCACAGUGCAUCUUACAGAGCG